AUGAAGGCACCCAGGAGUCUUCUUUCCUCGACAUUCUUCGUCUUGUUUUCACUCCUCUCUGCUUUCUUCUCGCCUUUCCCCGUUCGGCCCGUCUCUUGUCAAAUUACGGAGAUUUCGCAACUCAUUUCGACCGCUUUUAAUCCGCUGUCGCGUCUUCCGAUCGACUUCCUCGGUGGAUCGUCGACCGUUUCUUCCGGGCGACAUGAAGAGAAUGCUAGUCUGGCUGCUCACAUCACAGACAACGCUCUGCUGAACUCCACGCUUCAGAGUGGGCAGAAAAUGCUUCGCACAGUCGCGCAAACGGCGAACAGUCUUCUCCCUAGCGUUAUCCAAGAAGGGAUUCUACAGCCUACAGACGAUGGAAGAAGGCGCGCCGUCUCCCUCACAGCGUUCAACAUGUCGCCACUAGACCAAGCCAUCAUCAGCGCUGUUGGCGAGGUGGGAUCUUUCCACUGGACGGCAAAUCAGCCGUCGUCAGUCUCGAUGGAUGCGGCUCCCACCUUUGAAUCGCGGAAUCUUAAGAAACUGAACCUCGCUCUCGGUCUCCACGGCCUCCCGCCUCUGCCCUUUGCUCCACGAAAAUUCAGUCAGUCAGAAGAAGAGGAACUUUCCGUUGACGCGUUGAUUGACGAAGUGAUUCAAGGACAUCCGCUGUCGAAGGACAUCAUCAAGCAAUACCGAGACGCCGUUGACGCAUCUCUGUACAAAACCAUGCAACUCCCACCUGUGGCUAUGCCUGGCGUCUGUGAAGGCCUUGCCGCCAGCCCCUGGCCGUCGCCACAUCGAACGGGAUUCGCUCAGGCAAGCUCCCCGUACAGAGGUCCUGACGGCUCAAGACGUCUGAGUCACAACUUCCUGAACCGGGCGGUCAUUGCGAAUAAUCCAAUCACGCUGUUCUACUCCGAAGACCAAAAGUAUCUCUGGGGUAGCAGCUGGACGACAAUCUUCAAGGUAGCUCGCGGGAAGUCUUCUCUUCGGAUAGUCGACUAUGUGGCGAAGCCUGUGGAGAAGGUCUUUGCCGACAAGUUCCACGGGGCCUAUGCCCUUUUGACGAAGGAAGAGAUUUUCGUCGUGUCUUCCGGUGACCACCUGGAGGCGUACUACGACAAGCCGGGGAGCAACUCGCAGCAGAUCAUGAUGCACCCUGAGAAAUUUGACAUCACCAACGAGCUCGCAAAUGAAGUUCGCUAUCCUCAAAGACCAGAGGAAGUCAUCCGAGCCCUCUGCAUGAGCAGCGAUGGGCAUAUCGUCUGGGCGACGAGUCACGGCCGCGUGGGUGUUUUGAACCGCAACAUAAAGGGCGGGAGUUUCCGGAAAGCGACCGAUUGGCUGAUGCUCGGGACUUCUGUGGGCUACGACAGAGACCUGGAGGUGUCGAACAACAUGGCGUGCGACGAUGAAGGGGGCAUCUACGUGGUAUCCGACAAGUUCAUGCAUCGUGUCGACUGGAACGGCAGGAAGCUGAAGAUCCGGUGGGAGAAGCCGUACUCGACGUCGUCGGCCAGCGGGACGCAAGAAGUCCGACUCGGAGCCGGCUCUGGCAGCACGCCGUCGAUUAUGGGCGAGAGCGGGAGAAAGUAUGUCGUCAUCACCGACGACGCGGACGUCAUGAACGUGUUGAUCAUGGACGCGAAGACUGGGGAGAUCAAAGCGAGUCAUCCCAUCAACUUUGGCGACGCGAACGCGAAUCACACCAGCAGCGAGCAGUCCGUCCUGGUCCACGGCUGGCGACUCGCCGUGGUGAACAACACGCCGACAGAGGAGCUGAAGCAAACGCCGAAUUUUCUCAAGAUGUUUGGCAGCCCCGCAGCGCUCCUGCUCGGCGGAGGCGAAGUGCCUACUCGAAUCAGUGAGACGCUUACCAACGCCUGGCCCGUCAUUGUCGGCGACGCCCCCAAGGGCGUUGAGCAGCUCGAGUUUGACCCUGACGCGAACGCCCUACGCGUGACGUGGGUGAACAAGGAGGUGUCCAUUCCGAACGGAAUUCCCACGAUGAGUGCGACUUCUGGACUCAUGUACGGCAUCGGAAAAAGAGGGCAAUUCGGCAGCGAGGCAGCCCCCAUGAGGGGUAUGUGGACCCUCGAGGCGCUGGAUUGGUGGACUGGCGAAUCCAAGUUCUACUACAACAUCGGCAUGGGGCCCAUGGUCAACUCGAUCUACGCCGCCACGCAAGUCGGUCCUGGAGAGAUCAUCACUGGCACUGCCACGGGAAUCGUGCGGAUUAUGGAGGUCUAG